UCACACACUGAUAAUGUAUUCAACAAUAAGUGUCGUGUGCAUGAUUAUCUCGGUCUUGCAGCGAUUCGUUUGCCAUCUUCUUUUUCUUCCUCUACUUACAAAAAUGCGCUCAUUUAUAGAAUCUAAUUGUGCAUAACUGGUUUCAAAUCUUUUGAGUAGCCGUCAGUGUUCCAUCACGUUUAUCCGCAUGCAGUUGUUACAUAAAGCUCGAACUGUUUUCAUCGGCUAAACUAGCAAGUAACGCGCAGCAGCGGGGUAUAUAUGAGAAAUCGCUUUAGUAGUAACGGAAAAAUAAGAUGCUGCUGAGCUGGUCGUCCUAUCCUCCGGUGUUUCACCUCGCAUCGGCGGGUCUCUUCGCGAUCGUGGUGUUUUACGCCUACGCGAGGUACAAGCUGUCCUAUUGGAGUCGCCGUGGGGUGAAGUCACCCCCAACGCACUGGUUGUUCGGCAACUUCGGGAACACCUUCACCCUGAAGAAGCCACCGGGCCAGGAGCUCCAGGAUAUCUACGAGAGCGCCGAGGACAAUGACAGCCCCUUCGUCGGGUUUUACAUCUUCCACUCGCCGAAGCUCCUGCUGCGCGACCUCAAGCUCAUGAAGCAGCUCAUGGUCAAGGAGUUCGAGACGUUUCCGAACCGGUGUUUCGGCGGGGCCCAACAAAUGGACUCCGUGGGACUGGUGAAUUUGCUGGGGAUCCACCAGCCCAGGUGGAGGUACCUGCGCCAAAAGCUCGCGCCCAGCGUCACGGGGCUCAAGCUCCGGGCGAUGACGCCGCUAAUCGUCAAGUGCAGCGAGCCGAUGCUCAGAUUUUUCGACGAAGCCAAGGGAGACAAGGACAGUGCUUGGCGCUCCUUUGAGUUCAAGGACGUUGCCAGCAGGUACACGACGGACGUGAUCGCCUCCUUGGCCUUUGGCAUCGACACCGACUCGUUCGACCGCAGCAAAAUCGCGUUUUUCGAAGCUGGUCAGAAAAUUCUAUCUGGCUUGAAGAGAGGAAUCAUCGUGAUCAUAUUGUUUUAUGUGCCCGGUUUGAUUAAAUUCGUCGAAAACUUCAUGGUUGGGCCUGCGGAGUAUUUCAGGAUCGUUUUCGGGGACUCGAUUAGGAGGCGAGAGCAGAACAACGCCAAGCGCAACGAUCUGGUCGACCACUUCAUUGGCUUGAAAAACGGGGAGCAGAGACCGGAUUACAUAUUCGAAGGCGACAAUUUACUGUCCCAAGCCGUGGCGUUCUACGUAGCGGGAUUCGAGGCCACGUCGACGGCCAUCGCUUUUACUCUGCACGAGCUCGCCCGACACCCGGAAUACGAGAACCGCCUGUACGAGGAGAUCCAGGUACACACGGCCGGCAAAGAAUUAACCGCCGAUUUGAUCAACGAGAUGGAGUUUUUGGAUCUGGUGGUCAACGAGACCCUCAGGAUGUACCCGCCCCUGCCGAUGGUUGACCGAGUGCCCGUCCGAGAUUACAAGAUACCAGGAACUAACGUCACGAUCGAGAAGGGAACUCCGAUUUACAUAUCGAUAAACGGGACGAACCGCGACCCCAAGCACUACGAGAAUCCAAACGAGUUUAUUCCCACGCGGCCUCGCAUCGAGUCGGACGACCUGCCGAGCUCGUCCUUGUCCUUCGGCAUGGGGCCGCGGUCUUGCAUCGGUCAAAGGCUGGGUUUGCUCAUGACAAAAAUCGCCAUUGUCACCAUACUGAAGGAGUACGAGCUGAGCAACGAGACCAAGGGGGAAACUACGCUUAGACCCGUCACUGUGUUCACUGCAGCCGCGGACGGUGUGCACAUCAAGCUGAGAAAGAGGAAGGUGUGACAAUAAUCACGCUGAUGACGAUCCCACCUAUGCGUAUACAAUCGUAUAGCUUAUUCUUUUAUUAUUAUCACAUGUGUAUUUUGAUGGUAAUAAAACCUUUGGUUUUUGUUCAUA